UGCAUGGGCCAUGGCCAACCCCAGAGCGGGGUCCUCCGCCUUGGAGAUACGGGUACAUAACCCCGUCUCCCUGCCAUGGGGCAAGCGGGGGUCUUUUCUCACGAUCUUGAUGACUUUGGCACAGGAACCAUAUCCUUCAGACAACAUACCUGACGAAUCCUUCACAGUUCACCAGAAGUCCGCCCUAGAGCUAUCGGGGCUCUGCAAAGAAACCCCAUCAGCAUGGGUCGGGAUCAGGAACAGCGGCCCAGGGUUCUCUUGCUUGGCGUUAUCGAACACGCACAUUCCGCCUGGGCGUCAGUCAGCGAGAUCGCCGAGGUGGUGACCCCGGCGUCAACCAACCGGGCCGAGUUCCUCUCCGAGGCGGCGUCGGGGGCGUUUGAGGGCUGCGUGGCGGCCUACCGGACCUUUGACAGCUUCUCGGUGACGGGCAAGAUCGACGUCGAGCUCCUGGCCGCGCUGCCCUCGUCGCUCCGCUUCAUCUGCCACAACGGCGCGGGCUACGACCAGGUCGAUGUGUCCGCAUGCACGGCGCGCGGUGUGCGCGUCUCCAACACGCCCACGGCCGUCGACGACGCCACCGCCGACAUGGCCAUCUUCCUCCUCCUCGGCGCGUUGCGCAACCUGGCCGUCGGCAUGGCCUCGCUGCGCGCCGGCAAGUGGCGCGGCACGGGCGAGGGCGGUGCUGCCGGCCCAGCUCUAGGGCAUGACCCCCAGGGCAAGGUGCUGGGGAUCCUUGGCAUGGGCGGCAUCGGACGCAACAUGGCACGCAAGGCGCAGGCGUUUGGCAUGAAGAUCCGCUAUCACAACCGCACCCGGCUGGAUCAGGAUGUGGAGGAGGCACUAGGGGCCGAGUACGUGUCGUUUGACCGGCUGCUGGGCGAGAGUGACGUGCUGAGCUUGAACCUGCCUCUCAACCCGCACACGCGACAUAUCAUCUCGCGCCGCGAGUUCGCCAAGAUGAAGCCGGGCAUUGUCAUUGUCAACACGGCGCGGGGAGCCGUAAUGGAUGAGGUUGCGCUGGUCGAGGCUCUUGACUCGGGACAAGUGAGCUCGGCCGGGCUCGACGUCUACGAGCAAGAGCCCUUUGUCCACCCCGGCCUGCUCGCGAAUCCCCGCGCCAUGCUCGUUCCACACAUGGGCACUUGGACUGUCGAAACCGAAACCAAGAUGGAGGAAUGGGCCAUCAGCAAUGUUCGUAUGGCUAUCGAGUCGGGGCGAUUGCGCAGUAUCGUACCCGAGCAGAAGGACAUGCGAGGGGAGUAGAGGCAAGUCAAGAUAAAUUGUGCGAGAAAAGACCAAGGACCAAGGAAAGAUGGCCCGGCCAUUGGAGAAAAGGCCCCUUCGUCGUUUGCAACCAACAUACGGCAACACUAGACUACGUGGCGGACGGCCUUUAGUAGAUACUCGGUAUUGUUCAUCGCAACUUGACGGGACUUACCCGCGGCCAGAUGAUGCACAGGGGGAAAGAGAAAGCUAGUGCUUGCAUAUAACGUACGGGAUUAACGGGCUAGAGGUCUGGUAGAUUAGACCCUAUACAAGGCGUGAAUUAUCGAGGCA